AUGCUCAACUCUACCAUGGUGACUGAAUUUUUGCUUACAAGAUUUUCUGAUGUGUGGGAGCGCAGAGCCUUGCACACCAUGCUAUUUCUAUUGACAUACUUGGCAACCCUGAUGGGAAACCUUCUCAUUGUCACAGUCACCACACUUGACCAUAGUCUUCAUACCCCCAUGUAUUUCUUUCUUAGGAAUCUGUCUGUCUUGGACAUGUGCUAUAUUUCUGUUAUAAUACCCAAGGCAUGUGUCAUCUUCCUGCUUGACAGCAGGGUGAUCUCCAUUGCAGGAUGUGCAGCUCAGGUCUUCUUUGUGAUUUUCCUUGUUUACACAGAGCUGCUGUUCCUCAGCAUCAUGGCCCAUGACCGCUAUGUGGCCAUCUGCCAGCCCCUCCAGUACCCUAUGAUCAUGAACUAUCAGGUCUGUGUCCAGAUGACCCUGGUGGCAGUACUCAGUGGUGUGGUCUACUCCAGAUUCCACACUGGAAACACAUUCCAGCUGUCCUUCUGUCAGUCCAACAUGGUCCAUCAGUUCUGCUGUGACAUCUCUCCACUACUGAAUCUCUCCUGCUCUGACACCUUAAGCAAUGAAAUUUCAGUUUUUAUCUCUGCAGUGGUGACUCUUGUUGGCUCUUUUGCAAUUAUUACCAGGUCUUAUGUUCACAUAUUUUCUACUGUGCUCAAGUUUCCAAUGAGGAGAGAGCAAGGAAAGGCCUUUUCCACCUGUGUCCCCCACAUUCUUGUGGUGACUGCCUUUGUCAGCUCAAUUGCUGCUAUAUAUAUGAAGCCAACCUCCCAUUCACCCACAAUUCAUGAUAUGAUCACUUCUGUGUUCUAUUCUAUAGUCCCUCCUUUGUUGAAUCCUAUGAUCUACAGUCUUAGAAACAAACAGAUUAAGGAAGCUGUAAGGAGAAUUACUAGGAGAAAGCUUUGUUCAGGAAAAUGACAGAGUAAACAUUUCAACCUGUUCCAUUUUUACUAUGUCAUCAAAAUAUGAUUCAAAAUUAAAAUUCUUUCCCAUUUCCCCUUUGGGUGACCUAACUUGAUUUCUAAGUAACCUUCCAUUGAUUAUGUGCCAGGUGAGAAAUGACACAUAUAUUUUAUUUUAUUUCCACUACCCAAAAUUCACAUUCCCUUGAUGACUGAAAUAGCACUGGUAAACAGUU